AGUGGUGGAAUGGGCUAAAAGGCGAAAACCAUGAUAUCAAUCAUUACACAAUGCCUUCAUCCAAACCCUAGAUCCUGUUUCCAUUUCCAUCUUUGGCUAGGGUUAGUUGUUUAGGCUGUGUCAGGGCGUUUGUUUCUCAUGAAGUUGUAAUUAUGUUGUUGCAAUGCCCUUCGAAAUAGGGAACACACUGUAUAAUAAUGGCAGCACCUGUCAAAUUUGUCAGCCUGCCUUUUGUUCUUGUCCCUCCGUUCCUUCAUGGGUUGUUGCACAACACAUGUUCGUAGCUUUGUAUCUUAAAAUUUUCUAAUGACUUCAAUCUUGCCCUUACAAGACGUUUUUUGCCCUAAGCAAGUUGAGAUUGGAGUGCAAAAAUGAGCGACAAUCUGAUGGAUAAAGUCAGUGCCUUUGGUGAGCGUCUGAAGAUCGGUAGGGCCGAGGUGAGCCGGAAGAUGAAAGAUCGCAUGAGCUCUAUGAGCUUUAAGAUGAAGGAGCUCUUUCAUAGUCAGAACCAACCAGAGAAGAUUGUGGAGGAGGCCACAUCAGAGAACUUAGAUGGUCCUGAUUGGUCUGCCAACCUCAUGAUCUGCGACAUGGUCAACGGCGACAAUUAUAAUGGUAUUGAGUUCAUCCGUGGCAUCAAAAAACGAAUCAUGUUAAAUAAUCCUAGGGUCCAGUAUCUUGCCUUGGUCCUUCUCGAAACCUGUGUGAAAAAUUGCGACAUGGCUUUCUCUGUGGUUGCUGCGGAGCGGAUCCUUGAUGAGAUGGUGAAGCUGAUUGCCAAUCCUCAGACUGUUGUGAAUAACAGGAACAAGGCACUUGUUAUGAUUGAAGCAUGGGGAGAGUCUGGGGACGAACUCGGGUACUUACCAGUCUACGAGGAAACCUACAAGAGCUUAAAAUCUAGAGGUAUUCGUUUCCCAGGACGAGAUAAUGAAAGCUUAGCUCCAAUAUUUACACCACCGCAUUUAGUUUCGGAGACUGAAGCAUCUAAUAGUGUAGCUCCGCAGACUUCCGAUGUUCCUAUGGGAAAUUUUACUGCUGAGCAGAUAAAGGAAGCAUUUGAUGUGGCUCGAAACAGUGUCGAACUUUUGUCAACAGUUCUGUCAUCAUCACCUCAUCAAGAAGUCUUACAGGAUGACUUGUCAAAUACUCUGUUCCAACAAUGCCGACAAAGUCAGUACACCAUCCAGAGUAUUAUCGAGGCAGCAGGUGAUGACGAAGCUGUACUCUUUGAGGCCUUAAAUGUGAAUGAUGAGCUCCAAAGGGUCCUCUCCAAGUACGAAGAGCUGAAGAAGCCUCCUGAAGUGCCGUCUGAACCAGCACCUAAUACGAUACCAGUUGUUGUGGAACCUGAAGAAUCUCCUCGAGCUGGCAGAGAAGAUGCUCUCAUCAGAAAACCUGCAGGUUCCAGAACCAAGCCAGAUAGAUAUGAGACAUAUGACGACAUCCUAAAUGAUCUAGAUAAGAUGAUUUUUGGUACAGAAAAAGGUAGCACAUCCGAGAACCAGAAGCCAAAGAAGAAGCAGCAACAGAGUGAUGAUCACACGUCCUUCUAAUUGUUACCCUUCUCUUUAUAGGCAAAUUGUGGUGCUGAUCGUGGUGUAUGCUCUUCCUCUACUUGUCAUUUUAGGAGGCAAAACAUGCUCCAGUUUGAACUGGAUUUCCUUUUUUUUUCAUUGAAGAAAGUUUCUGAAUCUGAACAGAGAAAUUUUCUCAUUUUUUUAUGUAAAUAAGGACAUAUUCCUUGUGAAUGCCAGUUGGGGCCAAUUUGAAUCUAGCAAA